CUAAUAUUUGUAUUGCACUGGAAAGACAACGUAUUCAGUUUUAUUUAGUAAUGUCAUUUCGAAAGCCUCAGCUGAUAAUCAUUUUACACUGCAAAGAAAUUGAGCAUUUUUAAUGCUCUGCCGACUUUGUAAACUUGAAUGGACCGUCUCAGCAAUCUACUUGGAUAGAGACUUUGGGCUUAAUUGCUCAAAUAUGACUUUUCAGCAUGGAAACGAAGCGUUGCUGAUGAAGUCAAAGACCCAAAUGUGGCGGUGUAUACAUAAUAUUCAGGUCCAGCGUUCCAAGACGGACAUAGAAGCUCUCCGAAAGUCGUGGAAGGAGGUGAAGCAUGCACAGUUGAUGGACGCCAGGGAGCGCGAGGAGGAGCGCCGUUGGGACCAGGAGUUCCACCGACGCAAACAGGACCUUCAGGGGCAGCAGGCGAUGUCGUCACAACGCAGACUCCGCAAUACCACAAAGCUGGCCGACCUUUCCGCCAGAUGGCGUUCACUGGAGCGCAAGCGCCUUGAGAAGAGCGAGUUUUACAUGGAACGCUUGAAAACCAGUCUGAGUUUCGCUGCCAGUCGCCAAGAGUCAAUGUCGUCCGGUUCCCCGGCAUUUUCAUUCGCGAGAUCUGAACAUGUAAAAAGAUGAUCUUGUGAUGUAGUUAUUCUUAAAACUAUUUUUUUUUUACUUGUUGGAGCGCGAUGUGAUUAAGAUUGUGUGACCGUCUUCUGUCCGUCAUAGGUCGUUGAGAAUCGUUAGUCCACAAUAACUUGAUCUUUAGUGCAUAAGAGACAGUUUUUCUUGCUGUUUGCACAGGUGGUUAGCCUGUGGCUAUGAUAAUAAUUAGUAAAAACAUCAUUUUGAAUGAAAAAUAAUAAAAAUUAUAACGAAAAAUCAACCUCACUGAAAUAAUAAUCCCCAUAAAGUAUAUAUAUAACAAGUUAUUCAACUCAGAAUGAUCGGAAAACAUGGUGCAUCGCUUCGAACAUCCAUAACUUCAUCAAUUGUGCAGCGAUUUCCAGGAACUAGGUCUUAUUCGGUCACAUCAAUGAACUUGUUUAUAAAAAGUUCUACAAAAAAAAUAAAAUGAUAAGUAAAAGAAAUAACUGCUUAAAUUCUGUAACUUAUCAGAUCAUAAUGAUCUCCAUCUUUUGAUAUCCUAAUUGCGUUGAUUAUUGAUAGAAAUCGUUGAAUGUUUAUUGAUGUGUUGUGUGUAUCACAUUAUAUCACUCUUUUUGGUUAC